UGUUUGGUUGUAAUGGUGAUUGUUGCGAAAUUUGUACUUGUCACGUGACGAAAAAUACCUGUAUCCUCCAAAAAAAGUGAUGGAAAAGCGGAAGAAAAGGUUCUUCGGUAGUAUAGUGGUAAGUAUCCCCGCCUGUCACGCGGGAGACCGGGGUUCAAUUCCCCGCCGGAGAGUUUUUUUGUUCACAAAAUGUACGUCUAGCAUAGUCUUUUAUUACUUUAUCGUGUGUCUUGUGUCGUGCCUCAAAGUAGGUGAUACUAAUUAGUAACCUUAUGUAACAAUAUAAUAGUUAAAAGAUAAAGGUCAAGGUUUUUUCUCCCUCUGUAAGAUUCUCAAAUACAACAGCCAAUCAAAAU